AUGGCGAACGCAUCGGAACAAGGAUCUCGGGAAUAUCUAAUCCCGGAGACCCGUCCAAGCGCGAUCCACAACAAACACCCGGAGUUUCCGUUUCCGGCGUCGCGGUUCUCCUUCAUGAGCGUCGUCCUCUGGUUCGACCAGUCGAAUCGCUGGACAGCUCUGCUUUCGUGGUCCGUCUUCUUCCUCCUCGUCGUCAUCGUCCCGAUGAUCUCCCACUUCCUGCUCGUCUGCUCCGACUGCGAUUUCCAUCACAGACGUCCGUACGACGCCGUGGUUCAGCUCUCGCUUUCGAUUUUCGCCGGAAUCUCGUUCGUUAGCCUCUCGAUUUGGUCGAGGAAGUUUGGGAUGCGGCGGUUUCUGUUCCUCGAUAAGCUAUGGGACGCUAGCGACAAAGUUAGGAUCGGAUACGAAGCUGAAAUCCAGAGAUCACUGAAACGGCUAAUGAUCUUCGUCCUCCCAUCACUAACACUCGAAGCAAUCUACAGAAUCUGGUGGUACGUCUCCGGCUCACACGAGAUCCCUUACGUCAUCAAUCCCGUUCUAAGCCACGUCAUCGCCUGCACUCUCCAGCUCUCUUCUUGGCUCUACCGCAACUCCAUGUUCACCAUCGUCUGCAUCCUCUACCAAAUCACCUGCCAUCUCCAAGCUCUCCGUCUCGAAGAUUUCGCACGCUGCUUCGCCUCUGAGAUCACCGACGUUGGAUCAGCUCUCGCCGAGCACCAGAAGAUCCGUCGUAAUCUGAGGAUCGUUAGCCACCGAUUCAGGAGAUUCAUUCUCUUGUCGUUGAUUCUCGUCACCGGAACUCAGUUCACGGCGUUGCUUACCACUACGAGAGCUAGUGUUGCAGUUGACAUCUACGAAGUUGGCGAGCUCGCAUUAUGUUCGUUGAGUUUGGUUACAGGAUUGUUCAUAUGUCUGAGAAGUGCAACGAAGAUAACUCACAAGGCUCAAUCUGUGACCAGCCUUGCAGCUAAAUGGAACGUUUGCGCUACAGUAGACUCGUUCGAUAAUCUUGAUGGAGAAACUCCUACAGCUUCGAUGAUUGAGUCUCAAAUUUCGCCAUGUUUUAAUGCGAAUGAUUCGUCUGAUGAGGAAGGAGAAGGAGACGAUGAUAUCGACAAUACCAAGAUACAUCCUAUUUACGCCAAUACAAUCUCUUAUCAAAAACGUCAAGCUCUUGUGACUUAUCUAGAGAACAACAGAGCUGGGAUCACAGUGUAUGGAUUCCUAGUGGACAGAUCAUGGUUGCAUACGAUUUUCGGGAUUGAGCUUGCUCUUCUUCUUUGGUUGCUCAAUAAAACAAUCGUGAACAUACCAUGA